CUAAUGAUAAUGCAAUAAGUACUAGUAGCACUAGUAAUAAGAGCGUUACACACACGUCUCCCUGUGCGACCGGCUUCGACGGCCAUUCUUCUCCCUCCUUAUUACCCCCUCCUUCCAACGUUACACAUCAACAGCCAGCACAGACAACCACCACCAUGACGACACCCAUUCGCGUCGCCGCGGUCCAGGCGGAACCCGUCUAUCUUGAUCUCGCCGCGUCAGUUAACAAAGCAUGCGGCCUCAUUGGCGAAGCAGCCAAGGGCGGGGCGAAACUCGUUGCCUUCUCCGAGUGCUGGGUCCCGGGUUACCCAGCCUGGAUCUGGGCGCGCCCGGUAGAUGUUGCGAUGCAAACACAGUACAUCAACAACUCCCUAUCCAUCCACUCCCCGGAAAUGGACCAGAUCAAGGCCGCAGCAAGAGAUCACUCAGUCGCAGUCGCGCUGGGCUUCUCCGAACGGACGCCCUCAGGCAGCAUCUACAUCUCCCAAGCCAUCAUCUCCCGACGGGGUGAAGUCCUCAUGCACCGUCGAAAACUCAAGCCCACGCACAUGGAGCGCACCGUUUUCGGCGACGGCUCCGGGAGAGACCUGGCCAACGUCGUCGAGGUCGACUUCGGCACCCAUGGCACGGUCAACGUCGGCUGCCUCGCAUGCUGGGAGCACACGCAGCCGCUGCUCAAGUACCACACUAUUUCCCAGGGCGAGACCAUCCACGUCGCCAUGUGGCCGCCCAUUGCGCCGUCGGCUGGCAUCGAAGACCCCGGCCUGUGGAGUAUGUCGGCCGAGGGGUGUCUGAAUCUGUCGCAGACGUAUGCCAUCGAGAGCGCUGCGUAUGUUGUGCACACCACCGCUGUGUGCAACCAGGAAUGCAUUGCGGCCAUGAGGACGCAGGACGGCAUCGUCUGUCGCCAGCCGGGCGGUGGUCAUAGCUGCGUGAUUGGGCCUGAUGGGCGGCGGUUGACAGCUCCGCUUGGCGACGGCACAGGCGUCGACGAAGGGAUUGUGUAUGCCGACCUGGACGUCGCAAGGACGACGGCAACUAAGGGGUUCUUGGAUAUUGUGGGUCAUUACAGUCGGCCGGAUCUCUUGUGGCUGGGGGUGGACAGGCGCCAGAAGGAGGUUGUUGUUGCGGUUGGGUCGUCGAGGGGGGUGGAUCACGAGACUAAUAAACGAGACGAGGUUUGAUGUCUCGGUACUUACCUACCUUGGCUGGUCCGGCCGCGGUCAUUUCUGGCAACGGAAGCGCAUUCUCAGAUACCAUGACGAAAUGCGUCGCUACGUUCCGG